AUGAGCUUCUCAGUAUCGACAUCACCGUUCCCUCUGGGUGGAGAGUCGAGCCCGGUCAAUAUGUGUACCUCUGGCUGCCACAGGCAGGCCUGCGACUUGCUAGUCAACUGCCGCGUUUUUAUGUCUCGUCAUGGGGCCAACGACACCGGGGCGCCGACCGCUAAACUAGUACACCUAUCCGGUCAGCGCGCACAGAUCCAUGCGUCUGAGCAAUCGGCCAGUCAAGAGGACACGUUGAGUGAGCCAGAAACCCUGGUACCAGACGAUGCAUCGCUGCGCUCUGCCGAACACGGGGGAGAAUGGAGACAGGCGGGGACAGCGGCAGGACGGGAUGCAGUCUGGCACACUACCAGCCAACGGCACAUAUCGAGAGGCAGGACCUCGUUGAAUACUGCGGGCCACCGAACGCUACGUGUGCUGGCCCACCCGCAGUCUUCCGCACUGGUGGCGGCACUCUAUAAUGCCGAACAUCGACACAGCGUUCGACACAGUGCGCUCGUGCUGGGGCCGUAUGGGAGACCGCCGGUUCUAGCCCGCUUCGGCAUCGUGCUCCUGAUCGUAGAGGAUAUCGGGAUUGCGCGGGUCUUCUCGCUCAUCCAGACCCUGGUCCUCGCGAGUGAACAACACCGCGCCAUGGUCCGGAAGCUCAUCGUUGUCUGGCAAAUGGAGGACCUAGACAAUCGUCGGUGGGUGAACAUGCAGCAUUUGCUGGACCUCGAUCGCCAAGAAUUCAAGAUCCUUCGAUUCGUCCUUUACUACCGUCGAAACCGCAAGAAUGAGCCCUCGCGGAACCCCGGCACGAGGGUUCGAUUCAUGAAAGGGUCUGUAGAUGUGCCACAGACGAUAACGACGUACCUGAAGACGCGGCGGGGGAGUAUGUUGGUAGGCGUUUGUGCUCGACAGUCGAUCCGUAACCAGGUCAAGGCGAUCGUUGAGCCCAACUUGAGCGAGGACCUUCUGCUCCUGGAUCUUAACGUUGAGCCGUGUCAUCAGUGGUCGAACACUGACACAACGGUGGCCGACACGACGGGACCGUCCAGAAAACACGUCCAAUGGAUCCCCUCCAGAAUAGCGGAAGGCCGCGGUCAUUCCGGAUGA